CAGAAGAAAGAAGAAAACACACACGCACCGACCAACAAAUAUCGCCCGAUCGAGAGCACACCGUGUCACGAAGAAAAGUGGAGUGCGCCGAAUUAAUUGCAAGGGCCCGCCGAAGCGCGCCAGUUUCGGCGGGAACGGCGUCGUCCUGAGCCAUGGCUGAACGCGGUGACCAACCUGGCGAUGACUCGCACUCGGCGGCCGCGACGAUCCUGUCGCGCCUCCGUGACCGACCCAAGAGCCUCCAGCUGUUGGAAAAGCUGCGCGACGAGGAAGCCCGCACCCGCAAACCCACCCCAUCGCGCGGCAGACAGCCCGCGGCCGAUCAGCUACCUUCCAGGACUCCGGACGGUGCCGAGGAUGACCCUGAGACCCUGGAACUGGCGCGCCUGCGCUGCCCUAGUGAAUGCACCGAAGUGAUCGCCGAGCGCGAGAUUCGGCGCCGAAAGAGACGGUGCGCCGACUACCCUGGACUCGCAUUCGGCUCCUCCAUGUUCAGUUCCGAUUCCAUGAUGAAGUUCAAUAUUAUUAAGAACGAGUUGCAUAAUAUCAUGAACACUCAAUUGAAGAGGGCUGAGGGUGAGGUUGCUGCUCUCAACCGUCGCAUCCAGCUGCUUGAAGAGGACUUGGAGCGCUCUGAGGAGCGUCUGUCCACCGCCACUCAGAAGCUCGCCGAGGCUUCUCAGAACGCCGACGAGUCUGAGCGUAUGCGCAAGGUCCUUGAGAACAGGAGCUUGGCAGAUGAAGAGCGCAUGGACGCCCUGGAGAACCAGCUGAAGGAGGCCCGCUUCCUUGCUGAGGAGGCCGACAAGAAAUACGAUGAGGUCGCUCGUAAGUUGGCCAUGGUUGAGGCUGAUCUGGAGAGAGCAGAGGAGCGCGCCGACACCGGGGAGAACAAGAUUGUGGAGCUUGAGGAGGAGCUGCGCGUCGUCGGCAACAACCUGAAGUCCCUAGAGGUUUCUGAAGAGAAGGCCACACAGAGAGAGGAAAACUUUGAGGAGUCCAUCAAGUCACUGGCAGCUUCUCUCAAAGAGGCUGAGGCCCGUGCUGAGUUCGCUGAGCGUUCUGUCCAGAAACUGCAGAAGGAGGUUGACAGGCUUGAAGAUGAUCUACUUAGCGAGAAAGAGCGCAACAAGCUUCUGGCGGAGGAGAUGGAGGCGACUUUGCAUGACAUUCAGAACAUGUAGACAACCCUAUCAUCCAUCCCCUUUCUCACACACAUACACAAAAUCAAUCUAUCUGCCAACAAAUGCUCUGGUGUUCGCUGUGUGCCCCCGACCUCCCCUCAACCAUCACCGACAGAAAUUUCUCGAGUUUCUUAAUGAAAUUCCAUCAUUCCAUAAGCAAGCCAGAGUUCCUUACAUUUUGGUCGCACUGGAAACUUACCUUUUUAAAUGUUUAUUUUCUCUAAACUUGCACACAUUCGGGACCAAAAAUGACGUCCACAUUCCCAUUUCUUGAUUUCUCUAUAGUGCCAAUCAGAGGAGUUUUGUUGAUAGCUCUUAAUUUAUUCCGCUCGGAACUGUGGUGCGCUUAUGCAGUUGAAAUGAUAAAAAGUAUUUUUGUAUUCGAGUUGUUAGUACUAGUACUAAAUUCGCCCUCCUGCGUUGGAAAAUUAAAUCAAGAAAAAAGUAUCAGUUUUUUGUUCUAGCAUGAUCAAUGUGAUAUUUUAAUUGAAAAGCAUGGUGUAUUUUUUGGAAUUGCGAUGCGUAAAUUUUUCAAAAAUUAUUUAUUUUUAAGAUGCUUUAGCUGUUAAUAGUUGAUUUUUGAGUUUCCGUUACGUAUAAAUAAUUAUUAAUCUUUUGAAUCGGCACACUAAAAUCUAUGUACUACUUGUAGUUUACGUAACAAUAUCCUGUAUUAUAUGUGCAUUUUUCAAGAAGGGUGUAAUUCCAAUUUUCUACCCAGUUUGGUUUUCUUCUUUUGCAAGAAAACGACUAAGGAUCAAUCAAGUUUUGUCUUGUAACUAUUAUGCUUUCCAGCAAAUUCCGCAUAAGUUCAGUUUUUACACCAUUAUAAUUAUAACGAAAUGAAUAUUAUUUAACUAAAUAAAUUGUAGUUCAAGAUGAUUUUCCAAUAAAAUAUUUUCACACUCUAA